CUAUUUUGAGCCGAAUAUGAUCAGUCGGCAGUCGUCAGCCGGACAUCCCACCCAUUGACUAUUUUCUGUCCUCGACGCCCCGAUCUACAGGAAAACUUUAUCGACUAUGUCUCUUUUUUCGAGUAGAUCAUGAUGCUGUUUCUGUUAAAGCCAUUCCUCACACUUCUCGCCCUCCUUGCGACCUGCCUCCUCCUUCCCCAGCUCCCUUUGGGGGUUCUCCGCUUCGUGCUCCGUGGUGUCGGAUGGGUUAUUCAAAAGAGAACACGGUCUCGCAGGGAGUUUCUGAUCUCGAGAGUUCGAGCAGAUGAGGAGGAACAGCUAGUAAAGGGAUUCAAGUCGUCUCCCCGGGGAGAGGAUGAGGACUGGGAGAAGGUUGAUAGCUCGAGUUCCAGCUCCGGGACAGCUGGCCCCAGUAAGAAAGGCGGGAAUAGCGGCAACAAAGGUUCAGAAGAUGCAGACUGGGAGGGCAUUGUUGGUUUCUUUCACCCGUUCUGUAACGCUGGCGGAGGAGGAGAGCGUGUUCUUUGGGAAGCUGUAAGAGCAACGCAACGGCGAUGGCCCAAGGCAAUUUGCGCUAUAUAUACUGGCGACCACGAGGUCAACAAGACGGCCAUGCUGGAGAGGGUAGAGAACCGCUUCAAUAUUCAACUUCAUGCGCCCACUGUUGUUCUGCUCUAUUUGACUACACGUAAAUAUGUUCUGAGCAGCAUGUAUCCGUACAUGACGCUUCUGGGACAGUCUCUCGGGUCUCUGGUGGUUGCCUAUGACGCCUUCAACCUGCUCGUUCCGGAUGUGUUCAUCGACACCAUGGGCUACGCAUUCACCCUUGCGUUCUGCAAGAUGCUUUUCCCCUCUGUCCCUACAGGCGCAUACGUCCACUAUCCUACCAUCUCGACGGACAUGCUUCAAUCCCUGAAUGACAGCACCGGCCUAAAAGGGGUCAAUGCGGGUGCGGGCAAGGGGUUCAAGGGCCAGGUCAAGCGCAAGUACUGGCUGGCAUUUGCCCGUCUCUACGGUUGGGUCGGAGGUCAUGUUGACGUUGUCAUGUGUAACUCUUCUUGGACAUCAGCCCAUAUCCGGACCAUCUGGGGCCCCGCACGGACGCGCAGGACCUUCAAAGAGCCCACCGUCAUCUUCCCGCCCACGGCAGUGUCAGAGAUCGAGUCGACCAUCACAGUUGAUGAGGACUCGGAGCGCAGCCGGGAACCCAUCAUCCUUUAUAUCGCUCAAUUCCGGCCCGAGAAAAACCACCCGCUGGUCCUGCGCUCGUUCGCCCGCUUCCUCAGCGAGCGGAAGAAGAACCCCACCUCGGCCGCCCUCCCCCAGCCCAAACUGGUCCUCAUCGGUUCCGUCCGUCACUCCAGCCCCGACGAAACCCACAUCUAUAACCUCCGCCUGCUGGCCCACGAGCUCCGCAUCCGUGACCAUACCACCUUCAUCUGCGACGCGAGCUGGCCGACCAUCCUGUCGCAUCUGCGGUCCGCCUCAGUCGGUGUUAACGCCAUGUGGAACGAGCACUUUGGCAUCUGCGUCGUCGAGUACCAGGCCGCAGGUCUGAUCAGUGUUGUGCACGACUCCGGCGGCCCGCGCGAGGACAUUGUCAUCGACCUCGGCGACGGGGCGACAGGCUUCCGCGCCUCUACCGAGGACGAAUUCGCCGCCGCGUUCGAGGCCGCCCUGGCCCUCCCGGCGGAGGAGAAAAUCGCGAUGCGCCAGCGCGCCCGUAAGUCCGCCCUGCGGUUCACCGAGGAGGAGUUCUCUCAGAAAUGGAUCGAAGAGGUUGGGAAGUUGGUCGAGAUGCGCCGCCGAUGAACUGCGAUUGCUAGACCUAGAUCGAGGAGUAGCCUCCAUUCCGGAUUUCUGUCUGUGUAUACCUUACUCGACAACUUUUUUUUUACUUUCCUCUCUUAAGGUUGUAAAGCUUAAGCUUAGAUCCCGAGAUCGGUAUAGAUUGUUGUCAUGGUUCAUUUUCUCGGCUCGACGAUGAGCUCAAUCCGGUCUACGAUCAUCCCGCCAAGCAUUUCUCCCUACCCGACAUCCAUAUCAAUCAAUGAAGACGGAGUCCAUUCUUGGUUCAGAGUAUCCUGACAAGAGGCAGUAGAUAAACAG